AUGGCAUUAAGAUGGAAAGUUCUUGAGACCAUGCAUUUGAAGCUAUUAAUAAAAACAAAGAUGGAGGCUGAAGACAAAGAGUUAACUGCUGAACUGAUGAAUCAUGAUGUAAUGCUUUCCGAAUUAUUCGUCGACUGUUCCACAGAACUUAGACAAUGGUGA